UACUGUGAAUCUGUGAUUAAGAUCUUUUAACUUUGCUACUUUUACUACCUCAGCAGUCAUCCCCAACCAUAUAUAAAAGGACCCAUUUGUGCUGCAUCUUUUCUUUUUCCUUCUCAACUCUGAAAAACUCUGUGACUGUGCUCUUUAGCUUCCAAACGGCAUAAAAGGAAACAAAAACUCACAUUUGAGUAAAGACAAUAUGUCUCGUGAAGAGAAUGUUUACAUGGCCAAGUUGGCUGAGCAGGCUGAGAGGUAUGAGGAAAUGGUUGAAUUCAUGGAGAAAGUUGCUAAGACAGUGGACAGCGAAGAACUAACUGUCGAGGAAAGGAAUCUACUUUCAGUUGCUUAUAAGAAUGUUAUUGGAGCUAGAAGAGCUUCCUGGAGAAUUAUUUCCUCUAUUGAGCAAAAGGAAGAGAGCCGUGGAAACGAAGAGCAUGUUACAAUUAUCAAGGACUAUAGGGGAAAGAUUGAGGCUGAGCUCAGCAAGAUAUGUGAUGGAAUUUUGCGUCUUCUGGAUACACAUCUUAUUCCUGCUGCCUCUACUGCUGAGUCUAAAGUCUUUUAUCUGAAAAUGAAGGGUGACUACCAUAGGUACUUAGCUGAGUUCAAAACUGGGGCUGAGAGGAAAGAAGCAGCUGAAAACACUUUGUUUGCCUACAAAUCUGCACAGGACAUUGCCCUGUCUGAACUGGCUCCAACACACCCAAUAAGACUUGGUCUUGCUCUGAACUUCUCUGUGUUCUAUUAUGAGAUUUUGAACUCGCCUGAUCGUGCUUGUUCCCUUGCCAAGCAGGCAUUUGAUGAAGCUAUUUCUGAGUUGGAUACAUUAGGUGAAGAAUCUUACAAAGACAGUACACUCAUAAUGCAACUUCUCCGCGACAAUCUUACUUUGUGGACUUCUGAUGUGCCGGAGGAUGCCGGCGGUGAGAUCAAGGAGGCUCCGACACAGGAAACAGGGGAUAUUACAAAGUAAUUUGUCUGGCUUUGCCCGUUUAAGUGGAAUUCACUAGAUUUAGCGUAUUGUAGUGUGGAUUUCCGGAGCUUAUAUUGAUGUCUUAAACUUGAAGAUCUUAUUAACGUUUAGAAACAUAUGAUUGGAUGUUUAGAGUUAUAAUAGUUAGCAGUGGUUUUUAUUUUA